AUGGCCGUCCGCAAGUCUUUAAACGUUUACCCUCUUCCAGGCAAUAGUGGUGGCGGCCUGGAAGGGCCAGUUCCCAUGCGAGUUAACACCCCAACCUGGUUGAGCAGCCAAGCAGCCACAGGCAGGUUAAUGGUGCGGCCACCAGUCAUAUGUUCAGGCCGUGAGGUGUGGCGAAUGCCUCUGGGUCCCUCACCUUAUGAAUUCCGAGGUGAGAGAGCACCCUGUGGAGCUGGUGAAGCAAGGGCCUGGUCCCAGAAUUCCUCGGAGGAUGCCUGCCCAGGACCCUACAUCGCCCUGAGGUACAUGCCAAAUUUGGCACUGCCAGAGGAUGUUUCAGCUAUACAGAAAGAGAUGGAACAACUGGCCAAGGAGCUGAGACAGAAGAGGAUGACCCUGGGGUACUCACAGGCCGAUGUGGGGUUUGCUGUAGGAGCUAUGUUUGGGAAGGUUCUCAGUCAGACAACCAUAUGCCGCUUCGAGGCCCAGCAGCUCAGCCUUGCCAACAUGUGGAAGCUGAGACCCCUGCUGAAAAUGUGGCUAGAGGAAGUAGAUGAGAAGAACCUUCUGGGCAUAUGCAGAAUGGAGAUGAUCCUGCAGCAGGCCCGGAAGCGGAGACGUGCUAGCAGAGAGAGGCGCAUUGGGAGCAAUCUGGAGAAACUGUUCUUGCAGUGUCCAGAGCCCACACCUCAACAAAUCAACUAUAUUGCUGGGCGCCUCCGGCUACAGAAGGAUCUGGUCCAAGUUUGGUUUUCUAACCGGAGCCAGAUGGGCAGUUGGCCAACCAAUGAUACCUCCCAGAGGGAGAAUGUGGGGGCAACUGGGCCUCCCUUCCCAGGGCCACCAGUGUGCUUUCCCCUGGCACCGGGGCUCCACUUUGAUUUGCCCCACUAUGGAGGGUCAUGUCUUACACCCCUGUGCUCUUCUGCCGCAUUUCCUGUGCGAGGAGCCCUUCUGUCUGCCCGAGCCACCACUCUGAGCCUCCCCAGGCUGUCAAGCUGA